ACCUUGCUGAAACGCCAGAAUAUAUGAUAGAAUUAUAUAAACUUGUAAAUAAUAAAAAUGCUUUACCUGGAAGCACAUAUCCAUAUAAUUCAUUUGCGAUUCGAAGUUAUAUGGAAUUAAAUACGUCUUUUGCCCGAACACAUUUUGUGUUUGGUAUUAGUUCUAAUGAAUUGGAGUAUUUAAAGACAGCAAACAUUUUAGAAGCUGAAUUGCGGAUUUAUAGAUUAUGGGUUAAUUUAGAAGAUGAAACUUUUGCACCAUUGAUAACACCCCCGUAUUUUUUAUUAAAAGUAUAUCAAGUAACGGAUAUCGAGCAUCUUGAAACACCAGAUAUUCAGAUUUUAUUGAACGUUCAUUAUGUAAGCUAUUUUAACUUUGGAUGGCAAAUUUUUAAUAUUAAAUCAGCUUUACAAUCUUGGAUAUCAGGAGAUAAACCAAAUCUAGGAUUAUUGAUAAUUGCAACCACUUUGUUUGGAGAUAAUUUAUGUGUUGAAUUUUCACGACGUGAUUUUCAAGAAAAUGUUUUGCAACCUAUUGUGAUUGUAUAUGAAGGUAAAACGAAGGACUUGUCAUCACAAAAUUUGAAAUCAGAUGAAAAUGUAUAUUCGAGUAUAAAUAAUUAUUCAAAGAUCAAAAUUGACACAACUACAUUGCCAUGCCAACGAAAUGAUUUUUAUAUCAAUUUUACAACACUAGGAUGGUCAGAUUUUAUUUUAGAACCAAUUGCGUAUAAUGCAUAUCGUUGUACUGGAAAUUGUAAAUAUUCAUUAAAUUUCAAAUGGACAAAUUAUGCAGCUAUAAAAACAUUAUUAUAUGAAUUAAAAAUGGAUAAUGUAACGAAUUCAUGUUGUGUACCAAAUGCAUUAAUGCCUUUAAAUAUUUUAUAUUAUUCAGAUUUAAAUACUAUUAUUUUGAAACGAUAUGAUCAGAUGAUUAUAGAAGAUUGUACGUGUAAAUAA